GGCGCUUAAACGCACGUGCGCGUGGUGGUGACACGAACUACACGUUUUUGUGGUAACAGUUUUCUAACAUGGCGGGCAGCAAGGCGGUACAUUUGACUUCACUUCUUGUAUUUUCUCUCUGCGUAAAGCUCAGCAACGCAGGUUUGCUUGCCAAUGUGGAGACAUUAGAUUCACGGGGUCUGGAGGCUAGGACUCCCUACAGUAAAUGCUUUGAUGCCAAGUCAGACUGGAGAUGGUUAAGACUCUGGAGCAGCUUAGAUGUCAAAGUUAAAAACACAGGGCCCACAAAAGGCAGAAUCACCAUUGUUGUUGGAGCCAAUGAGACAGAUGUUGAGAAGCAGUUAUCACAGUACAAUGGCCUGCUGCCUUCGUUCCUUCCACCAUGGGCGUGGUUUCAGCAGGGGAGGAUGUCUCCACUCAGAAAGAACUGUAUCGGUGUACAAGCAGCUGACAGGGUGCACAUUCGAGUAACGGAGAGCCUUGUCAAUUGGGUCUCUUUGCUCCUGACGGUCGUUGGUGUGAGUCUAUUCCUUGCUGCUCCAAGACUUAGCAAGAGUGUUGUGUUUCAUUAUUCUACCGGUGUGACUGUUGGUGUCUUAGCAUCUGUCCUCAUUCUGGUCUAUAUCCUCAGUCGUUUUAUCCCAAGGAGGACAGGAGCUUUUGCUGUCCUCGCUGGGGGAUGGGCAUUUUGUCUGUACUUCCUCCAUUGGGUUUUAGACAAUUUCCUAUCUAUGCAAUACAAGACCUACCUCAUAGGCUACUUUGUGCUUGCUGCAAGCAUCAGCUUUGCCGUGUGCUACUGGUACGGACCUGUCACCGGUGAUCGUCCUAUCUACCUCAUACAGCUAUUCCUCCAGCUCCUAGGACUAGUUUGCAUCUACAACGGCUCACAGCAUGAGGGCUCAACUGUCACAAUUGUAGUCGUCUUAGUCUCCAUUAGAUGGCUGCCUUGUGGACGUGUAACACAGGCUGCAUCUAUUUUUAGGUGGCGGAGUAAAGAGCAGAUGAAGAUUCGGUUGCUGACAGAAGAUGAGUAUUAUGAACAAGGCAGGGUUGAGACCAGGAAGGCGUUAGAUCAGCUGCGAGAGUAUUGCCGAAGCCCUGACUGCAAUCAGUGGAAGAUGAUUGCCAACCUGGAGUCACCGAAAAGAUUUGCCCAAUUUAUUAUGGGUGAUGAAGACCAUGUGACCGGAAAUGAGUUAUCAGCAUAUGAAGAUGACCUUUCACUUUUGACCCUUGACUCUAGUGAUAGUGGCAGCGAAAGGAUAAGUAGCGACAGUGAUAUGGAAACGAAUUGAUGUUUGAAACACAUUUUUUUUUAACUGAAUAGGUUGCUUAAUAGAAUGCAUACAUUUUUAGACACUAAACAGCCUUCUCUUUUCGCUUAUUUUUU